AUGGAAAACAAGGAAGAAGACAGACUCUCUGAUUUACCAGAUUCCAUUCUCCAUCACAUUCUCUCCUUAUUAGACACCAAACAAGCUUUUCAAACUUCCAUACUCUCCACUAGAUGGAAGAAUCUCCCAAACCAUAUUCCAACCCUUAGAUUAAGUUCUCCAGUCUUUAACUCUUUCGACAGUUUCGCAAAAUCAGUUUGUCUGAUUUUAUCUCAUCGCGACUAUUUAACUUCUCUCCACACUCUAGAUCUUUACCACCGCCCACAUGAUUUCGAUUUCAUGUGCCCUGACAUACUCAAAAGCAUUGUAUACUAUACUGUUACACAUAAUGUCCAGCGAGUACGAAUCUGUGUCACUUGUAAUAUUCAACAACUUCCGUCUUGCUUAUUUUCAUCUCAAACUUUAACGUCACUUGACCUUUCUAUUCAUCAAGAUGGGAUAGUAUUAUUUCCGAAUUCUCUGAAUUUGCCAGCAUUAACUACUUUGACUCUAAACAGCUUCUACUUUCGCUCAGAUAAUAAUGGUUGCGCUAAACCCUUCUCAGCCUUGAAGAAGUUGAAUACUUUGAUCAUUCGACAGUGUCCAGUUCUGAAGGCACAAAUUCUCUGCAUAUCAAAUACAACGCUUGUCAACUUAACUAUAUAUGGAUACUAUCUUUAUAACAACUACAAAAGCAAAAUCAUGUUAUCUGCUCCGUAUCUUUCUACAUUUGCUUUUACUGGCACUCCGAAUCAAACACUAUGUGUGAGCCAUCCUUGUUCUAUUACACACUUAUACAUUGAUGUAGAAGACAUCAGAUGGGUCGAAGAGGAUUCUGCAACCCUAUUCAGCUGGCUGCUAGAGCUUGCUAAUAUCAAAUCAUUAACAGUCUCUUCUAAUACUCUUCAGGUUCUCUCCUUUGUUCCUGAUUUGAUCAAGGUUAAACUCAAUUCCUUGUGUAACCUGGAGUCACUACAAGUAGAAAUGAAACCGCUUACACCUGGAUUAUACAUGAUACUGAGAUGUCGCAAGUUCAAGAAAGAAGGUGCCAGAAUUCAGUUAAUUAAAGCUAAAUUCAUACCUGAUGGAGUAGUGGAAUUUUUGCUUCAAAACUCACCGUUAGCAAAGAUUACCAUCAUAGAUAAUGAUGAUUAA